GUUGAUUACCCGGUAAUUCCCACUGUAUUAAGGAUGGAGGACGAAGCACCAGAAUUCAUGGAGGUCCAUGAAAUUGUGAUCCAGAAGUUGGGUCACGUCCCCAUUGCCAAGGGCGACUUCCAUAUGCUCCCCAAAAAAGCCCAGAAGUUCAUAGCCAAGUGGGUAUAUAAGUGUAAGCCGCGAGCCCUGUACAUCUGUGAUGGGUCCCAUGCUGAAGCUGAGGAGAUCACACACAAACUGAUCGAGAGAGGAGUCCUCACCCCACUCCGCAAAUAUGAAAACUGCUAUUUGUGUCGUACUGAUCCUGCUGACGUGGCUCGAGUCGAAUCCAAAACCUGGAUCGCUACCGACGAUAAAUAUGAGACGGUACCACACGUACGACAGGGAGUCAGGGGAAUUCUGGGACAGUGGAAAAGUACAAAGGAUCUGGAGGAGGAGGUCAAUGAGGACUUUGAAGGAAGUAUGGCAGGUAGGACUAUGUACGUGAUUCCCUUCAGUAUGGGACCUAUUGGGGGCCCCCUGAGUAAGAUCGGGAUUCAGCUUACCGACUCUAACUACGUCCUGCUCUGUAUGAGGAUCAUGACCCGUGUAUCUGCCACGAUCUGGGAGGUGCUGGGUGAUAAUGAUUUUGUCAGAUGUGUUCACUCCAUGGGAUGCCCUCGUCCAGUCCAGAGAAAGGUGAUCAACCAUUGGCCGUGUAAUCCAGACAAGAUAAUGAUUGGACAUUUCCCCGCCCGGCGUGAGAUAACAUCGUAUGGCAGUGGGUAUGGUGGUAACUCUCUGCUGGGUAAAAAAUGCUUCGCUCUGAGAAUCGCCAGCGUCAUUGCCAGGGACGAGGGCUGGAUGGCAGAACACAUGCUGAUUAUGGGACUGACCAAUGAGAAGACAGGGGAGGAGAAAUUUGUCUGUGCAGCUUUCCCAAGUGCUUGCGGGAAAACUAAUCUUGCCAUGAUCAGACCAACCAUUCCUGGAUACAAAGUUCAAGUCGUUGGAGAUGAUAUUGCCUGGCUGAGGUUUAAUGACAAGGGUGAACUCCGAGCCAUUAAUCCAGAGGCUGGAUUCUUUGGAGUGGCUCCGGGUACUAACAUGAAGACAAAUCCAAAUGCCAUGCUUUCCUUCCAGAAGAAUUCCAUCUUCACAAACGUGGCUGAGACAGCUGAUGGGGGCUUCUUUUGGGAGGGAAUGGAAGAUGAAGUUGAUAAGAACAUAGCAAUGACAAACUGGCUAGGACAGCCCUGGAAGAUAGGAAUGCCUGGAAAUGCUGCCCACCCUAAUUCCCGCUUCACCUGCCCGGCCGCCCAGUGUCCAAUCAUUCACCCCAAGUGGGAGGAUCCCGAGGGAGUCCCCAUCAGUGCUAUCAUCUUCGGUGGAAGACGCCCAACAGGCGUACCCCUGGUGUUCGAGUCCUUUAGCUGGCAGCAUGGUGUCAUGGUUGGAGCUUGUGUGAAGUCCGAGUCAACAGCAGCUGCAGAGCAUACAGGGAAGAAGAUCAUGCAUGACCCUAUGGCCAUGAGGCCCUUCAUGGGUUACAACUUUGGGAAGUACCUGCAGCACUGGCUGGACAUGGAACAACCCGGCAGAAGGAUGCCCAAGCUUUUCCAUGUGAACUGGUUCCGUGUGGAUGAGCAUGGCAAAUUCCUGUGGCCUGGUUUUGGGGACAAUAUUCGCGUUCUUGAUUGGAUCCUUAGGAGAUGUGAAGGAGAUGUGUCUAUUGCCGAUAAAUCUCCCAUUGGCUUCCUCCCGAAGAAAGGAAGCAUCAAUCUGGAGGGGAUUAAGGACCUGGACUGGGACGAGCUGUUCAGUCUCCCUAAGCACUACUGGCUGGACGACACCAGGGAGAGUAAGAGGUUCCUGGAGGAUCAGGUGGGCAUCGACGUCCCUCAGCCCAUCUGGGACGAACUCAAUGCCCAGGAGAAACGCAUCCAGGAGGAGCUAUAAGAAUUACGUGAUCUAAGAGAGACAAUCUGAUCGUUCCUCCUAUAAGCUUUUAAUUUUUUUUUUUUUUGCAGAUUUAGGAAGGAAUUAAUAUCCUGCCUAACAAAGACUUCAAUUUGUGAAUGGAUGUUGUCUGUACCAUGUAUAGAAAGUUAAAUGCAGUUUCAUUAGAAAGUAUGAAUAGGAAUCAGAAGCUUUACUUACAAAUCAUGGAUACAAAAUGCAUAAUAUUGUAAAUACUUUGAUGGAACUAUAUACUUGAUUUUAAGAACAUUGAUUAUUAGAUCUCUACAGGAUAAUGUGACAAAUUUUCGAGCCGUUUGUUACUGAUAUUAUGUAUUCACUGUUGUAUAGGACUUUUGUUUUGAGGGACUCAAAUGCUUACUAGAGAUGGCUGUAUCAGAUAAUGUGCUUCAGAAUAUCUGUCCAUCAUAAAUUAUUCUUGUUCUGUUUCAUUGUUACAGAUCCCAACAAUUGGUGCAUUUUGUUUUGUUAAGGUGUUGCUUUCUCGUGCCAUUUUAUUUGCUUGUUUAUAUUGUAGGAUGUACAUGUAUUAAUUCAUUUUAUUUAAGUAAACAUUAGUCUUAACUGUC